AUGCUUUAGCUAAAAUUCAAGAAAUAAAAACAAAAAUAAAAUAAGACUGAAAACUUACUAACAAUCUCAUAAAAUUUAGAAAAAGAUCAUAAAAUUGAAAACUCAGACUUUAAAGAUCCUACAGAUUUUAUGAUAAAUUUAGAUAUGCAUUAUUCAAAUAAAGAACUAUUUUAAUCAAAAAAUAAUCAAUUUAGAAGAACCAAUUAACAAAAAACUUAUGAAAAUAAAACAAAAAUAAAAAAAAAACCAAUCAAAAUGAACUUUUAAAAAUUAGUAGAAAAAGAUAGAAUAAUUUAUGUUGAUGAUGAUGAAGAAAAACAUAAAUUUGAUAAAAAUAAAAAGAUAAUAGACCUCAACAAAAUGUCAAAUAUAUAAAAUUAAAAAUUUUAAUUAUAAUUAAAAAUCAUUUAAUCAACAAUUUUUAGAUUGUUCAAAUUAAGAUGA